UUUAGAUGACCGCAAAGACGCAGCCAAACGCAACAUUCUAAACCAAACUGUUUGGUUUUAUGACCAAAGCCCCAUAUCGCCACGCACGUUUCGCAUCAAAUCCAGCCUCACAUUUCUCCGAACACAUGGCAGCCACUCUCUCGGUCCGGCCCAACCGCCUCUCCGCCGGUUCAUCCUUCCCUCGGCCACCUGUUCGACGGCCAGUUCCGGCCCGCCUCCGAAAACCCGACGUGCAAUUCGAGCCCUGGAGAGGCUCUAUCGUCCCCUCCAACCGCACAUUAGCCUGGGCCGCCACUCUUGUCCAAGCCGGCUCCAGAGCCGAUGACUCGGCGCCGUUCGAGAUGUCGGUGGAGAACGCCCUGAAGCUCCUCGGCGUAUCAGACGGCGCGUCGUUCGAUGAAAUUCUUCGCGCCAAGAACUCGAUUGUCGAUGCUUGUAAAGAUGACCAGGAGGCGAUUGCGCAGGUUGAGGCUGCAUACGACAUGUUACUUAUGAGAAGCUUGACUCAGCGACGAGCGGGGAAAGUUGUGAAUAGUAGCGUUCGUUAUGCUGAUGUUAAGCCGGUGAGUGCUCCUGGAAUUGGAUCAGUGCCUCAGUGGUUGCAAGCUAAUGUGAAGAAUCCACCCAUUGCAGUUGAAACACCCUCAACUAGUGAUCUGGGCGUACAAGCUGGUGUAUACGGAGCUUUGAUGGCCUUAACUUAUGUCAAUGGAGCUUCCAGUUCCUCUGUGGGGCCAUAUGGAGGGGCUGAUGUUCCUGGACUGAUCCUGGCCGGUAGCUUUGGAGCUUCCUUGUACUUCAUGACCAAAAAGAAUAUUAAGUUAGGGAAGGCGACUAUCAUAACCAUAGGGGGGCUUGUUGCUGGUGCUGUGGUGGGCUCAGCAGUAGAGAAUUUUCUGCAGGUAGACAUUGUUCCAUUUCUUGGCAUCCAUUCUCCGGCUGCUGUAGUAAGCGAAUUUAUAAUUUUUUUGCAAUUAGUGGUCUCCCUAUAUUUAAGGUAAAGGAGCAUUGUACCCACGACUUAUAUGUGAAAUCUGUAAUUAUUCGUUGGCAUGAUCAUACCCAUGCUUUUUUUUCAAGGAUGUGUAUCAUUACAUGUACAAAACUAACAAUAGAAAGUAGUGGAACUUAUCGUUCACUUACUCGCUCA